CAGAACCGGAAACACGUCACGUGUUGUCUCUGCUGUUGGCGGUGGUCCGGUGUUUUGGUUAAUGGGUCUGUGCGGGGUCUGUGGCUGUGGCCCGGUUCGCUGUGCUUGUGUGUAGUGGGGGCUUAGUGCGGGUCCGCCGGGGUGUCCGGCGGGGCUGUGCGGUGAAGCGGAGCCGGGCUCAGGCCCCGAGUCUCCCUCCGGAACUUUCCACUUCAAAACGGCUCCGCCGCCGCCGCCACAAUGAGCUCGGGCCAGCCGAGCGACAGCAGCGAGCCGGAGGAGCCGCGGGGCGCCGGAGUCCGCCACCUGGACGAGCUGCUCCGAGAGGAGGAGAGCGACAACCAGGAGGAGGAGGAAGAGGAGGAGGCGAGCCGCUCCAGGCCGCCCUCUCCGCCCCCGGAGCGCCGCGGGGCCCCGGACCUCGACUCCGCCGGGGAGCACGCGCCUGGUUCGGCGUGCAGGAGCGCGGGGCUCUGCGACUCGCUGUUCUCGUGGCUGUGGAAGCGGACAGUCCGCAGAGGGCCAUUCGUAGAUCCAGCCCGCGAUAACUUCCGCACCAUGACCCGGCUUUACUCGUCCAUGAGCCCCGCCACAGACUCGGUCAACCUGAGUACGCAGACCCACGGGGCCGUGUUCAACCUGGAGUACUCCCCGGACGGGUCAGUUCUGACUGUCGCCUGCGAACAGACCGAGGUGCUGCUGUUCGACCCUGUGUCAUCCAAACAUAUCAAAACACUGGUGGAGGCGCACGAGGACUGUGUCAACAACAUCAGGUUUCUGGAUAACCGGUUAUUUGCUACUUGUUCUGAUGACACCACCAUUGCAUUAUGGGACUUGAGAAAGUUAAACUCCAAGGUGUGUUCGCUGCAUGGCCACGCGAGCUGGGUGAAGAAUAUUGAGUAUGACACGCACACUCGCCUGCUCGUAACGUCUGGCUUUGAUGGGAAUGUCAUCACCUGGGACACCAAUAGGUUCACAGAGGAUGGCUGCCCCCAUAAGAAAUUCUUUCACACACGGUACCUGAUGAGAAUGCGUCUAACUCCAGACUGCAGUAAGAUGCUCAUCUCCACUUCAUCUGGUUACUUGCUCAUCUUACAUGACCUUGACCUCACCCAGAGCCUAGAGGUUGGCAGCUACCGAAUUCUGCGGGCUCGACGUGCCCCACUUAGCACAGAAGGAUCCUCGACUGGCUCAAGGACUGGAGGCUCUCGUCACGUCAAUGACAGCAAGUUGCAUCCACACAGAGAAGGUUUAUCUCCCAGAAACAGUCUGGAGGUUUUGACCCCAGAGAUCCCAGGUGAAAGGGACAGAGGAAACUGCAUUACGUCCCUGCAGCUGCACCCCAAGGGCUGGGCCACACUGCUACGCUGCUCCAGCAACAUGGACGACCAGGAGUGGACGUGUGUGUACGAGUUCCAGGAGGGAGCACCUCCCCGGCCGCCGGUCUCCCCUCGCUGCUCUUUGAGGCUCACACACUACAUCGAGGAGGCUAACGUGGGCCGUGGCUACAUCAAGGAGUUGUGCUUCAGCCCAGACGGACGGCUCAUCUGCUCGCCGUAUGGUUACGGCGUGCGCCUGCUGGCCUUUGAUGAGCGCUGCGCUGAACUGGCGGACUGCAUGCCCGUGCGCACGGCGCUCCUCCGUGAGGUGCGCUCCAUCUACUCCCACAGCGAUGUGGUGCUCACCACCAAGUUUUCUCCUACGCACUGUCAGCUGGCCUCAGGCUGCCUGAGUGGACGAGUAGCACUCUACCAACCCCACUUUUAGCACACGCAUACACACAAACGAACAUGGACCGAAUCUUCUGGCAGAUGGUAAGGAGAAGCUAACAGCCCUUAAAGGGAGUGUGUGCUUUCUGGGUUCACAGUGUCAAAGUUUGACUGUGGGUUUGUGUAAAUGAGUUGGACGUUUUUAGAAGAAGAGUUCAUUGAGUGUGUUCAUCGUAAUCUUUUCUGAUUUCUAAACAUGUGUGCAGUAAUGAGAGAAAUAGCCAUUAAUCUUUACUCACAGUGCAUCUCUCUGUUUGGAGUUGCAUGCAGAGUGUGAAAGAGUCAGAACCUCAAGGUGCUAUAACAGGCUGGCAGGGUUGCGUUUUGUAGUCUUCAUGCCUUUUGCUAAGCAUAUGACCUCACUCCAGUCUUGGAGCCUGGUCUGCCUGUCAAAUGCCGACCCACCCCCCCCACCCCUCCGCAGCAGUGUAGUUACUGUCAGUUAUGUAUGUGUGAAGUAGCACUAAGUGUAAGCAGUGCAGGCUGUUAAUAAUGUGAUGGAUGGAGUUUUCUGCAUUUUGCCAAAAGUUGUUUUUGGUUUGUUUUUAAAGCAGCACCGUAUUCCCACUCGAGCUCUAAUAAGAGCUGCUGUUUCCCUAUUUCUUACUGGCAUGCUGUUUUACGUUUGAAAGGCAGAUUUGCCUCCUGUGGACACUAAGGCUAUGCCAAAACAGUAAGUGAAAGUGGCCCAAAUCUGAUUUCCCCAACAAAUCUGAUGCUUACUUUAGGCUGUACGCAAUAUAUUUUAAUGUGACCCAUAUUUGACAUUUUUCUUAAUAGUUAGCACUGUGCAGCUGACGUGUAUGUGCAGAGCAAUUCUUAAAAAAAAAAAGUUUCAGUUUUAUCCAUGGCAGAACCGUAGGAGCUAUGAAGAAGUUCCAGAGGCUGACAACCAGAAUAAUCACUGAGAAUGUGCUCGAGCUCUCUGUAAAAAAAAAAAAAAAAGCACGUUAUUCAUCCACAGGCACUCCUGUGGUCUGUGUCCUUAACGUUUUAGCUUUUCUUUUGGCGCUACAGCUGCGUUUUGUGGCUGUGCUCUGCCAUUUUAUUAGAAACACUGAGCCAUUGCUACAAAAUCCCGUUAGCUCAUCAUCCUGCUAAUGAAACCCUCAUUCACCGCUGUCGUCCAUUUUCUCGUUUACUCACAGCCUUUUGUUUUUCACCUUGAGUCACAUUGCUGCAAUUCUCAAAUCUGAAUGUCAUAUUUAUUGUGUGUUUUCUGACAUUUUUUACUGCCUCAUAGUUUUCAGAUCUGGGUCGCAUAUGACAGAAAAGAUCAGAUUCGGGACAUUUUUACCUGCUGUGAAACCUAUGGAAUGUAGCCUAAUUAACUCAUGUUUUUGGGAUAUAAUUUGUAGAUAGUUUAAGCAGAACGCUUGUGCGCAUGUGUGCCUCAGUAUGCGUUUGAGUAUGUGUGUCUAAUAUAAGAUAAGCUAGCUGCAGGUAAUUGAUUCUUGGUUGAAAGAGAGAGAGAGAGAGAGAAAGGUGAUGAGCCGGUGAAGAGGUCCUCCUCCUGCUGUCUCUCUUGAAAUACACGUAAACACAUGCGCGCACACACACAAACAAUUAACUUAUAAACUGGACAGGGACAAUCAACAUUGUUGCCUAAACCUGAAAUCCUCUGGCAGAUUGUGUUUUUCAUGCCACCUCAGAUGAAUGUUUGUAUGUAUGUAUCUAUGUACAUAUGGCUGGCUGGAUGGAUGUAUCUAUGUGUGUUUGUAUGUAUAUAUGUAUGUAUGUAUAGGUGUAUGUGUGUGUGUGUGUGUGUGUGUGUAAGCACGCUGACUAUGGACAGUUCAGAAGCACAGCUAUGAGAUUCUAAGCGCUGCAAAGACUGUGGGAGACUGAGCUUUUGAUGCACCAGGAUGUAAUGGUUAGAUGAGUGGUUUUUUAGACUGCUUGGUAUCUUAAUUUCGCCUUUAAGAAGAGACACACAGAGGAUGGUCAGUUCUUCUCUUACUGGCAAUGUUUGGAUCCUGCUCAUGUUAUUCAACAUGCGUAACAUCUGGAAAGAGGGAAAUAAGGAAAAGGGCCACAGAGGGAUAAAACAUUCCUUUGUUCAGCUGUGCUUUCACCUGCUCAAUCACAAAAUGAUUCAUGUUAGUACUAAAAUACCACUAAGGAUGCAGAGAUUCAAAUAAAUAAAGAGUUUUUUU